GCAAUGCUUUACCAAAACGUUUUCUCCUCCGUAUAUAAAGCAAUCUUAUUUUGUCUAGAUAGUCAUUUAAGAGACUUGCUUACACGCAUCAUUUCCCUGACCAUCAUUUUUAAACGAAAAAAAUGUCUCACUUGAGUGAACGAGAUGUCUUGGCCAAGACCAUUUACGCCGAGGCUAGAGGCGAACCCGACGAGGGACAGAGGGCCGUUGCUCACGUGAUUAAAAACCGAGCCGCAAAAAAUCGAGACUACUGGGGUGGCAGCAGCGUGAAGGGGGUGUGCCUCAAGGAUAAACAAUUCGAAUGUUGGAACGGAAGAAGUGACAUUGACAUCAAUGAACCCCACGCGUAUCAAAAAGCGCAGCGAAUUGCCGAUGAAGUUCUGUCCUCGAGGGAUCCCCGAAAUGAUCCCUCGCGGGGAUCGACCCAUUACAACAAUCCCGACAAGGAAGACCCCGAUUGGGGGAGAAAGAUUCCGAAAACCACCAAGAUUGGAAAACAUCAGUUUUAUGAGUAAAUUUGAUAAAUGUACCAUUACAAUCAAAUUAUUGCAAUAUGAAAAUAAUUUACUUGUAAAAAGUUGUUAUACGCAAAAUUAUGGUAGAAUUUGAAAUAAAGAGCUUUAAGCUAUGAAUGCA